AAUACUUACAAGGGAGAAGGUGGGGUUGUUUGGUUUGAAAUCCGAAAUCAAACAAUAAAAAAUUUGUGAAAAAACCACAUCGAGAAGAACAUCUUCCCCACUCCCUUCUUCAAGCUUUCAAAACUUCGUAUUUUAUCAAAUACCCAGAACCCUUCUGUUCUCUCUCUCUGCGCCUAGUCUAUCCAUCUUCGCUGUUCGUCGUCUGUUCUCUCGUGGCUUCUGGGAUUCCUUGGCCACUGCUCUAGCUCCAGAAGAACCGUCUGCUUUGAUCCUUAACCAGAUCUGAUCGGUCUUUCAGUUUGCUUCAGCGAUUUUCUUUCCGUCUUUUCUUUUUUUUUUUUUGGAGAUUUUGUCGCGCUGCGGUGCAAGUUCGGUCAUCCGUCCCAGAAUCUUCGGUUUGAGGUUUCAAAAAUGGUGACACAAGAUAGAGACGAAGAACUCGCUCUGUUCCUGGAGAUGCGUCGACGCGACAAAGAACACGGAGCUUCUCUUUUAACAGGAUCUGACAGCAGUAGUAACAACGAAGCAGUCUCGUCUCUCCGGUAUCCCCUCCGGAGAACCGCCGCCGAGAACUUCUUGUACUCCGAGAACGAGAAGUCCGAUUACGAAUGGCUGCUGACGCCUCCUGGCACACCGCAGUACGAGAAAGAGUCUCACAGAAGUGCGAUGAACCAGUUUGACGGCCCCAAUGCUCGGCCCACCGUUCUGAAAUCCCGGCUGGGGAACUGCCGGGAAGAGCCCGUCUCAAGGGCCAGCGGUGUAUCAUCGAAACAUUCAAUGCUGUCUCCGGGACCGAACUCUUCCGAGGUUGCUGGAACAAGAAGACCCUCGUCUUCUGGUGGCUUAAAAUCCGCCAGUAGGCCAUCCUCCUCUGGUGGCUUGAAGUCCACGAGUAGACCCUCCACACCAACCAGGAGAUCAACCACCACAACAGCAACUGUCACAUCCAAAACCACCAAGGCCUCAAGCUCAAGAUCUUCAACCCCGACAUCACGAGCUGCCUUAACUGCUUCAAGACCCGCUGGUCCAUCCAGAUCAGCCACCCCGACUAGAUCUAUUAUGCCCCGUUCAUCCUCCACUCAAUCCUUACCAGCUGCAAAACCAGUUUCAAGGUCAGCCACUCCGACCCGCAGACCGUCAACCCCGUCAGGCCCUUCAUCAGCUGCCGCUACUAAAGUCACUAAUUCAGCAAACAGACCGGCUCAGUCACGAGGGGCUUCACCGACGGUGAGGUCAAGGCCGUGGAAGCCACCAGAGAUGCCUGGCUUUUCUUUAGAAGCGCCUCCGAAUCUAAGGACUACAUUACCAGAGAGGCCACUUUCUGCUUCGAGAGGCAGACCAGCAGCCUCGGCACCUAGCUCAAGGUCCAAUUCUAUCGAGCGAAGUGGUGGUGGCAAUGGCCGGGUAAGGAGACAGUCUUGCUCGCCAUCCAGAGGCCGGGCUCCUAUUGGGAACCCGAAUGGGAGUAUUGCAGUUGUUCCGACAGUGAGGGGGAGAGCAAAAGGGAGUAGUAGUAGCAGUGGUGACAGUGUGAGUCCGGUGGCUAUGGGGUCGAAAAUGGUAGAGAGAGUGGUGAAUAUGAGGAAACUGGCUCCGCCAAGGCAGUCAGAUAGAAGCAAUGGUAAACCCAUAUCCUCUCUUGACAGCCUCGGGUACGGGAGAAACCUCUCGAAAAGCUCCCUCGACAUGGCCUUGAGACACAUGGAUAUUAGACGAAGCUUCAAUGGAAAUCUCCGGCCUUUGGUGACGAAAGUGCCAGCUUCGUCUAUGUAUAGUGUGAGGACAUCAACGUCAGGUAGAAGCCGGACAACGAGUGUGUCGGACUCGCCCCUCGCCACCACGAGUAGCCCUACGAGCUCGGAACCAAGCGUGAACAACAUCAACAUCUUGUGCUUAGAUGGGAGCGAAGCUGAAAACGACGAUCUCUUGAGUGAGAGAGGAAACUCUUCUCCACUGAGUCAACUCGGAAAGAUAUCGUCUUGACCCGUCAUCGUUGGCAGUUCGAUCGAACAAUGUUCUUUCUUUUCCUUUGUUUUUUUUUUAAUGCCGGGAAAGCAUCUGGUUCUAGGAGUGGGAUAUGUAUAAAAACAUGUCUGAUUCCAUCCAGCAAACUCUUUUAUGUUUUCCGGCAGUGAAACAGUUGUUGUUGUCGUCGUCUGAGUAGUAGUUUGGUUCACAAAACUCUGUUCAAAAUUAUCGAACGCCUGCUGUUUGAUGAUUGUUGUCCCGAAAUUAUCGUGGAGGCAAUGUCACUUCAUUUCUUUC